UUAUUCGAUUAUCUGGUAAAUGAUUUGUGUACCAAAUACAGGAACUAAUAACCUUUAAAUUUCGUUUGAAAAAAUACUUGUAAAUAUUCGUAUUGAAAAUUAAUAAAUGACUAUACUUCCGAAAACUUUAUUCCAGAGAAAUAGGCUAUGUGCUCUAUUUACAUCAAAGCAAUAUUUAAGUUCAAGUAAGAGGAAUCAGUCAAAAUCUGAUCAUCAAGCCAAGAUGAUGGCAAGAGGGUUACCUGAAAAAAAACCAAUCGAAGGCGUUAAGCACAUUAUACUUGUAUCUUCUGGUAAAGGGGGUGUAGGAAAAAGCACAGUAUCAGUUAAUCUAGCAUUAGCACUAAAACGUGUAAAUCCAUCUGGGAAUAUUGGCUUGUUAGAUAGCGACGUCUUUGGUCCUUCCAUUCCUCUUAUGAUGAAUCUUUCAGAAGUUCCUUUAGUAAAUCAAGAUAAAAUGAUUGAACCAUUGCAGAAUUAUGGAAUUAAAUGUAUGUCAAUGGGAUUACUCAUUGAACCUGGUGCUGCAAUCAUAUGGAGAGGUUUAAUGGUAAUGCAAGCCCUACAAAAAUUAAUGAGGGGAGUAAACUGGAAGGGAAUCGACUAUCUUAUAAUUGAUACACCACCAGGAACAGGGGAUACACACCUUUCUUUGAUACAAAACCUCCCAAUAUCAGUUCUUGUUACAACUCCCCAAGUUGCCGCCUUAGAAGUAACAAAGAGGGGAGCAACAAUGCUUCACAAAUUGUCGGUUCCAAUUAUUGGAAUAAUAGAAAAUAUGAGUUCUGCCAUUUGUCCCAAAUGUAACACAGAAAUAUCUAUUUUUGGUAACAAAACUAAGGAUUUAGCUUCUGAAAUAAAUUGUUCAAUAUUAGAAAGAAUACCUUUAGAACACAAUAUUUCAGAGAGCAAUGACAGGGGAACACCUAUUGUUGUAGAAAAUCCUGAUCAUGCUACUUCCAAGUCUUUUAAUAGAUUAGCCAAGAAUGUAAUUAAGUUUAUUGAAAAUAAAUAAAAUUGAAAAUAAA